CCUGACACCAUCUCUGUGCUGCCUCGCAGUCGACGAUCUGCCCACGAAAUUCGAAGACCUGGGUAGACGACGACGCUGCCAGAGCUGGGUCCAGCCAGGCACAGGCAAGGCAAGAGAGCAAGAGAGCGAGGCAAGGCCAAACAGCCAGCCCCUACCCUCUCCCCCCUUUCCCACUCCUUUGAGGCACAAUGCCACUGCUUCUCUGACGCCUCGCCACCUUUGGUAGCAGCAGCACAGGGUACCAGAAACCCGACUCUUUCAGGUUUUCCUCACGCUGUUUGUUGCAUCAGCAGCCGCGGGAACUUGGCAUCAGAAUAGAAGAAUAACCCCUGCGUGGGUAACUUGAUGAGCACUCAGUGAAUAGCCUCUGGUGUGUGUGAGUGUGUGUGCUUGCUGUCCUGUUUCCGAUGAGAUCGAUCAGUCCCCCUCUCCCGAUGCCGCGUCUCUGCAUGGUGUAGCCUGACAGCGUUUGUACAGCUCGGAAGGGGUUGUAGAGUCGACAGCGUUCGAGAGAGAGUCUCAGUUGAUAGAGGCUGAGGUCGAGCUGUUGUCAGUGUGAAGGAACCGAGAUAGAGCUUCGGAUUGUAUGGUUUUGCUCUUUGAGUAGUGCAGACGACGGACUGUCGUGUGUCUGGUGGAGGGUAGUUUUUAUUUCACUGUAGGGCUCGAGUUUUUUGAUGAGUGGUGAGUGCGAGAAGAGUGGCAGAGGUCGUGAAGGGGUUCCGGGGUGUAGGUUUGAAGCUCAAGCCUUUCGAGGGAUCGGUUGGUGUUUCCUUCGUAGCGAGCUUGGAUGUUGUGAGUGAGUUCGUGUGUGGGGAAGAGUAUGUGUGAGUGUGAGUGUGAGUGUGUGUGUGGUGUUCUGAGGAGACGGUAGUGGAGGAGACGACGACGAGGAAGAGGAGGAGGAGGAGGACGAGGGGCGGCGAGUUUUCGAAGGCGUGCAUGGCGACAGAGUGGCAGCACUGCUGCCGCAAGUCAAACCUCUGUUGACCGAGGUGUUAGGGAAGUGGCAGGAGUAGGGCGAGAAACUUGAAGGUUGUUGUUGCAGCGCCGGUGAGCGAUGGAGGCUAAUGCAGGCCUUAUUGCAGGCUCACACAAUCGUAACGAGCUGGUCGUUCUUCGACCCGAUCACGAAGGGCCGAAGCCUCUGAGUCAGGUGAAUAGUCAAUUUUGCCAAAUCUGUGGUGACGAUGUGGGAGUCACGGUUGACGGGGAGCUCUUUGUUGCUUGCUUCGAGUGUGGAUUCCCCGUGUGUCGACCGUGUUUCGAGUAUGAACGCAAGGAAGGGAAUCAGUCAUGUCCUCAAUGCAAAUCCCGCUACAAUCGUCAAAAAGGGAGUCCUCGUGUGCCUGGCGACGAAGAGGAAGACGACACCGAUGACUUGGAGAACGAGUUCGCCCUCGAAAUGGGCCAGCUCGACGAGCAGAAUGUCACGGACGCUAUGCUUCACGGGCACAUGAGCUAUGGUGGCAAUUACGACCACAAUCUUCCUAAUUUACAUCAGACGCCGCAGUUCCCCUUACUUACUGAUGGCAAAAUGGGGGAUUUGGACGAUGACUCUCACGCAAUUGUGUUGCCGCCCCCCAUGAAUGGUGGCAAGCGUGUCCACCCGCUCCCCUACAUAGAAUCGAAUCUCCCUGUGCAAGCGCGCCCCAUGGAUCCUACCAAGGAUUUGGCCGCUUAUGGGUACGGCAGCGUCGCUUGGAAAGAUAGAGUCGAAAGCUGGAAGAUGCGGCAAGAGAAGAUGAUGACUGAAGGCAGUCAUCACCACAAAGGUGGCGACAUGGAUGGUGAUAAUGGCCCUGACCUCCCGAUCAUGGAUGAAGCACGACAGCCCCUCUCACGGAAGGUGCCCAUUUCGUCUGCGAGAAUCAACCCCUACCGCAUGCUUAUCGUAAUCCGUCUCGUUGUGCUCGCCUUCUUCUUCCGCUACCGGAUUCUCAACCCCGUGGAGGGCGCUUACGGCAUGUGGCUUACAUCCGUCAUUUGUGAGAUUUGGUUCGCUAUCUCAUGGAUUUUGGAUCAGUUCCCGAAGUGGUUACCUAUCAACCGCGAGACAUACUUGGACAGGCUCUCCUUACGAUAUGAGAAAGAGGGAGAACCGUCACAGCUAGAGCACGUUGAUAUCUUCGUCAGUACCGUGGAUCCCAUGAAGGAGCCGCCACUCGUGACGGCAAACACGAUCCUGUCCAUUUUGGCUGUGGACUACCCGGUGGAUAAAGUGUCCUGCUACCUCUCAGACGAUGGAGCUGCCAUGCUAACAUUUGAGUGCAUCUCCGAGACUUCUGAAUUUGCUCGUAAAUGGGUGCCGUUCUGUAAGAAGUUCAGCAUUGAGCCGCGCGCUCCUGAGAUGUACUUCGCUCAGAAGAUCGACUACUUGAAGGACAAGGUGCAACCCACAUUUGUGAAGGAGCGCCGUGCUAUGAAGCGAGAGUAUGAAGAGUUCAAGGUGCGGGUGAAUGCGUUGGUGGCGAAGGCGCAGAAAGUUCCGGAAGAGGGAUGGACAAUGCAGGAUGGCACGCCAUGGCCAGGGAACAACAGCAGAGAUCAUCCGGGAAUGAUUCAGGUGUUUUUGGGCCACAGCGGCGGUCAUGACACUGAUGGCAACGAGCUCCCCAGGCUAGUGUACGUCUCGAGAGAGAAGCGUCCUGGAUUCAACCACCACAAGAAGGCCGGUGCUAUGAACGCCCUGGUGAGAGUGUCGGCCGUCCUCACGAACGCUCCCUACUUCCUGAAUCUCGAUUGUGACCACUACAUCAACAACAGCAAGGCGCUGCGAGAGGCCAUGUGUUUCUUCAUGGACCCCAGCGUGGGGAAAAAAGUUUGCUACGUGCAGUUCCCGCAGCGGUUCGACGGCAUAGACCGCAACGAUCGUUACGCCAACCACAACACUGUGUUCUUCGACAUCAAUUUGAAGGGCCUGGACGGAAUUCAAGGACCUGUAUAUGUAGGCACGGGAACUGUGUUCAACAGGAAGGCGCUCUAUGGAUACGAGCCCGUGUUGAAGGAGAAGGAGAGCAAGGGCACGGGCUGUGGCGCGGCCUGUUCGACCUUGUGUUGUGGCAAACGCAAAAAAGACAAGAAGAAAAACAAGAAGUCGAAGUUUUCCCGGAAGAAAACCGCGCCCACACGCUCUGACUCCAAUAUCCCUAUCUUCAGCUUGGAGGAGAUCGAAGAAGGUGAUGAGGAGAAGUCCUCGCUCGUGAACACGAUCAACUACGAGAAACGGUUUGGCCAGUCGCCGGUGUUUGUUGCCUCCACGCUUCUGGAACACGGCGGCGUGCAUCACUCUGCCAGCCCGGGAUCUCUUCUCAAGGAGGCAAUUCACGUCAUCAGUUGCGGCUACGAGGACAAGACUGAUUGGGGCAAAGAGAUUGGGUGGAUCUACGGGUCUGUCACCGAGGAUAUUCUGACGGGAUUUAAGAUGCAUUGCCGUGGAUGGCGCUCAAUCUACUGUAUGCCAACUCGGCCUGCGUUUAAGGGCUCAGCUCCCAUCAAUCUGUCCGACCGCUUGAAUCAAGUCCUCCGGUGGGCUUUGGGUUCCGUAGAAAUUUCUCUCAGCAGGCAUUGUCCGUUGUGGUACGGUUAUGGCGGACGGUUGAAGUGCCUGGAGAGACUGGCGUACAUCAACACCACAAUCUAUCCGUUGACGUCUUUGCCUCUUGUUGCGUACUGCGUGCUUCCGGCUGUGUGCUUGCUCACCGGGAAUUUCAUCAUUCCUACUAUUAGCAACCUGGAUAGUUUGUACUUCAUCUCCCUCUUUCUCUCGAUUUUCGUGACCGGCAUACUUGAAAUGCGGUGGUCUGGAGUCGGAAUCGACGAAUGGUGGAGGAACGAGCAGUUCUGGGUGAUCGGAGGAGUCUCCGCGCAUCUCUUCGCCCUCUUCCAAGGCCUGCUGAAGGUAUUCGCCGGAGUGGACACGAAUUUCACCGUCACUUCCAAACAAGCAGACGACGAAGAUUUCGGGGAGCUGUACAUGCUGAAGUGGACGUCGCUUCUGAUCCCCCCGACCACGAUCCUGAUCCUCAACCUCGUGGGCGUCGUGGCCGGCAUCUCCGAUGCAAUAAACAACGGCUACCAGUCCUGGGGUCCGUUGUUCGGGAAGCUGUUCUUCGCCUUCUGGGUGAUCGUGCACUUGUACCCGUUUUUGAAAGGUCUGAUGGGUCGGCAGAACCGAACGCCUACCAUUGUGAUCGUGUGGUCCAUUCUGCUCGCCUCCAUCUUCUCUCUCCUGUGGGUGCGGAUCAACCCGUUUUUGUCUCGGUCCAAUGGACCCAACCUGGUCGAGUGCGGGCUUAGCUGUUAGAUCCAUUGUCCUUACACAGAAUUCAACCUAGAUUAGGAGCAGCAGCAGCAGGUCCAUUGGCGGAAGGGUAUCUAUGGAUUGGAAUUCUUUUCCAUUACCGCCAAGCCCCUUUGUAAAGAUUUUACGCAGGCAGGCAGGUUAGGCAGGCGGGCAGGGUGGCGGCGGCAGUGUUCCCGUUUCUCAAAGUGUUGUGCGAAGUGCAUGAUGCGGCGAUGUUGCGAGUACACGCACAUAUGUAGAGAGAAUAACCAGCGAGAGAAAGAGAGCGAGAGAGAGACGUAGACAGACACGGUCAUGUAGUAGGAGCAGGUCACAUUUUUAUAAAUUUUUCUCAUGAUUUAUAGUUUUUCUUUCCUUUUC